AUGUUCCGCGUUCCCGACGACUCCAUCCUUUCCUCCUCUCCGGCGCCCUCGACGCCUGACAAGUCCCGCCGAGCCGGCAGCAGUAACCUCUUCCGUGACUCGACCGCUAGCAGCGCCGCGUCCACGACCCCGGCUGGCACGCCGCCCGUCAAGUUCCUCGGCAGUUCCAUCAUGCGCCCUUCUGACAAGAAUGCGUCAUCAUCCGUCGAUGACGAUCAACCAGCCGUGGGCCUGUUUACCGGCAUCGGCGGCGGCGUGGGCGUAGGAAUGGGCGCCGGUACGGGUGCCACCGCGGCCGCGAAGGCGGCGAAGAAGAAUCUCUUCGCUGCGGUAUCGGGUGAGAGGAGGAGGAAUGUCCCGUUGGGGAGGUCCGGAAGGGGCCAUGAUAGUAGACAGCCGUCAAGGUUGAGGAAGAGUAUUGGUGUGGAUGAUUUGGAGGAUGAGGAAGAGGAAGAGGAGAAGAAGAAGAAGCCGCAGCUGCUGAAGCCGAAGGGGAAGGUACAGGAGAAAAAGAAGGAUGAGCCGGUGAGGGGUCUGUUUACUGGGACAUCGCUUGCGCCCCCGCCGCUGUCAAAGGCGGCGGCGGCGGCGACGACGACGACGACUACCGGGCCGACUAAAAGUUUUGGGCUUACGUACGAAGAGUUUGGUGAGUCCGAGGAAGAGGAUUCUGGUCUCACUGGCGGGCAGGACGCUGAAGGCGAGUUAGACGACUCCAUGUGGCUUGAGCGGUCGCCGGAGCGUCCUGCCAUCGGCGACGAGUCUGACCUGCUGCUGAUGGCAACGCCGGCUGCUACAGAACGUGUGCGCCGCGAGGCCGAAGACAUCUUCCGCGCGACGGCCAUGGGCGCCGGCGCGACGACCCGCCGCCAUGAAUACCGUUACGCUUCCCUCGCCAAGGACGUCUACACCCAGCUGGGCACCGCGCCGCUUGUUGAGCCCCCGCAGCUGAUUCUUAGCACGGAAGCCCUGCUCGAGCAGCUGUAUGAUGAGGGUGUCGGCACGCAUGACGACGAUGCCCGUCUGGACGAGACCCUCGCUGCUGUCGCCGUGCAGCUGAUUAACCUCUGGCAGGACCACGUCGAUGCCAUCGCCCAGCCCGAAGAGGACGGCCAUGUAGCUGACAUCGGACCCGGUCCGCGCGCCUCGCCGUUUGAGAAGGCCUACUGGCUUGCGACGCUCGCCCUGCAGCUGCACCACACUCGCGCGCUGGAUGGCGGCGUCGAGCCGCUCCCCGCGACCCUGUUCCAGUGGCUGAACGAUCGGCACGACAUGUACGCCGGCCAGGUAGAGGAGAUCCUGCGGUAUCGACCCAGCCCCGCUUGCCACUCGCUGUUCUGGCAGGCUGUGUUUAUGUCGCUUCUGCGCGGCCGCGUUAAGGACGCGACACAGCUUCUGCGCAGGGCCGGCUGGGAGCAUGUCCGGCGCGGGGGCCAGCAACGCGGCGAGUAUGCCUAUAGCGAUCGCGCUCUGGAGAAUGUGCUGCGCGUCGUUGACGAGACGGUUAGUGUGCUCGAGAGCUGCCCCGGUUAUGAUGGGAACUGGGAGAUCUGGAGCAGCGAGUGGACGCUGUUUCGUGUUAGGGCUCAGGGUGCUCUGGAGCAUUUGAGGCGGUUUGCUGAGGGCAAGGAUACCAGCUUUGGGGACUCGUUAUUUGGCAGCUCGACCGGGUCGAAUAGAGGGUAUACCGGCUACAGGGAUCAUACGCUUGCUGGGCUGGCGCGUCGCGCGGAGAGCCAGGUGCCCUGGGAUGUGUAUGAGAGUCUGAACGUCGUUUUCGACAUCGUCCUUGGCCAGCAGGCCUCCAUCCUCGAGGCGGCACAGGAUUGGCUUGAGGCUACGAUCGGCCUCUUCGGCUGGUGGGAUGAGCGCAACAACAACAAUAACAAUAACAAUAACAAUAACAACAACAACAAUGGCUAUCAGAAGCCCGGCCGGACGCAGGCACUCGUGCUGCACUCCUCACCGGCUCACCACAUCAACAACGACUCAGAGAGCUACCUCGACCGGCUGGCGCGCGCCUUCCACGCCGCUGUCGCAUCUGACUUUCACUUCAACUCGCAGAACCCGGUCGAGAUCGGCAUGGCGUGCAUUUUCGAGGACAACAUCAAGGGUGUCAUUGGCCUGCUGCGCUCGUGGUCGCUGCCCAUUGCGGCUGCUGUCGCCCAGGUCGCUUCGCUUGGUCGCUGGUUGCCGCCACAUCGCCCGAAGGGCAUGUAUGCGCUGGAGGAUCUGGAUAUGGAUGAUCUUGAGGUGUUAGGUGUCGAUCCUGGCGCACCAGAUGAGGUUGAUGGGGUUAAGGAUAGUACGCUUGUGCAGUAUGCGCAGGCGCUGGUGGAGUAUGAGGGGUUGGAGACGGUUAGGGAUCGGGCCGGUGUAUAUAGGGAAGGAUGGGAGCUCGCGAUUAGCGUACUCGGGAGGAUGGACUCACCCGAACGGUCAGAAGAGAUGGUGCGCGACAUUGUUGAGCAUCUCGUCCAAGGCUUGACUGUGGAUUCAACCGAGACGGUUGACAGGCUGUGGACGAUGCUAAAUGAGUUGAGCAUGAUAACUUAUGCGGAGGAGAUGACUGAGACCUUCGGCGACAUCCUCGCACGCGAAUCCCACCGCUACGGCGAGGCCAUGUGGUACUACGCGCUGGCCCAUCGCCCCAACAAAGUCCGCGAAGUCAUGAACCUGCUCAUCUCCUAUUCCCUCAUCCAAUCGACUGCCUUCCCUCCCGCCGCCGACCUCGAUGACUACCUUCACCGCCUACUCUCCGACCGCAAGCACACUCUAGAGCAGUACGCCAAGCAAGACAUGGAAGCCGCCGAGCUCCUCGGCAAGAUGUUGAGCGGCUACGCCGCUCUACGCCAGUUCUACGACAUCCGUGAUAACGUCGACGCAACCUCCAUCUCCCCGGUCUCCCGCCGCCAGCAGGCCGCUGCCGCGCUGAUCAGUGUCAUCGCUAGCUCCGACGACAACAUCCGCGGCGGUCUGGUCGACCAGACGCGCGAUGGAAUCGUUAGUGAGGAUUUCCUGCUCGCUCUGCUCGGCGAAGCGCUGGUGUUUGUGUCCAAUCCGGAUAAUACCUUUGUACAUCAUGGGCAUGCGGCUGUGCCGAUUUUGAGUCAGGACCAGAUUGACGUGCUGCUGAAGGCGGUAGAGGAUUUGACUGCGGUCAGUGAGAGGGUGUAUAAUGUGUGUGAUGAGUUUUUGCAGUUGGUAUUGGCUUCGGCGCCUGGCGGCGCGCUGAAGGGGAGCAAGCCAGCGGAUUUGUUGAAGAAGGGGCAGGAUGGGCAGCAGAUGGUGCUUGCUGGAAGUUCGUUGAUUGCCAGCCAGCUGCAGAAGUCAUUAUUGGGAGGAAGUGGAAGUGCGCUGGGUAAGGUGCCCGUGAAGAGGGGAUGGGAUUGGAGAGAGGGUAUGCCGGCUAAGAUGAAAGGGGAGGAUGUGAUUAGGAGAUUGAGGCUGGGUCUGGCGAAGGAUUUGGCGCGGUUGUGGUUGGCUGAGGCGGAUGCGUUGGUUUGGUAA